CAGCAGCCGCGGUAGCGGCGGCAGUGCUCCAGCAGGCACUAGGCACUCCGGUCCCGGCGAGCGAGCGGGCGAGAGCCACAGCGCUCCGAGCGAGGCGAGGGGGCUCUGGGCUGCCCGGGACUCUCUUUGUGACACCCCAGCACACAAACACACCGACAGGGACAGAGGAAAAACACAAAAAGAGCUCCAACAUGGGAGGCAAACUGAGCAAGAAGAAGAAGGGAUACAGUGUCAAUGAUGAAAAAGCUAAAGACAAAGACAAGAAGGCUGAAGGAGCAGCAACUGAGGAAGAGGAGACUCCAAAGGAGGCUGAGGAUGCCCAGAAAACCACAGAGACCACAGAAGUGAAGGAGAACAACAAGGAGGAGAAGGGAGAAAAGGAUACUCAGGUCACUGCCAAUAAGACGGAAGAAAAAGAAGGAGAGAAGGAGAAAACAGUGACCCAGGAAGAAACCCAGAAAACAGAACCUGAGAAGUCAGAGGCCGUUGUCGAUGCAAAAGUAGAGCCACAGAAGAACACCGAGCAGGCACCCAAGCAAGAGGAGCCGACUGCUGCCUCUGCUCCUGCUGCCAGUAGCGAAGCGCCCAAACCCUCUGAGCCUAGCGCUGAUGCAAAAGCUUCCCAGCCUUCAGAAGCCACAGCUCCCAGUAAAGCAGAUGACAAGAGCAAAGAGGAAGGGGAAGCCAAAAAGACUGAGGCUCCCGCAACGCCUGCAGCCCAAGAAACUAAAAGUGAAGUGGCCCCAGCUUCAGACUCAAAACCUAGCAGCAACGAGGCUGCGCCCUCUUCCAAGGAGCCCGCGGCAACAGCAGCACCUAGUUCCACUGCUAAGGCCUCGGACCCUGCAGCCCCUCCAGAGGAAGCGAAACCUUCUGAAGUUCCAGCCACUAAUUCGGAUCAAACCAUAGCAGUGCAAGAUUAAAUUGGACAGCCUGUUGAAACAACCACUUAAAACAACCUGUGUCUUUUUUUUAUUUUUUCAGCUAUACUAACUCGUUUCAGAUCUGAAAUAGCAAAGAUGUAUUGCCCAGAAAAGAAGGAGAAAAAAAAAAAAAACAAAAGAGAAAAAGUGAAAAGGAUGUCCCAUCAAGUUGGGAGGGAGGGAGGGGGGAGAAUCCAAAUAGUAUUUUUGUGGGGAAAUAUCUAAUAUACUUUCUGCCAACUUGACACAAGUCCUGGAUUAAAAUAAAUAAAUAAAUAAAUGGAUGUCUGAAAGUACAGCACAUCUUUUGUAUCUGAACUGCUGUAAAUGCACUCCACCAGUGUAUCAAAAUCUUCUUUUUGUUCUGUAAUGGGGUUUGGGAGUGAUGCGUUUGAUUCUGCCCACUAGGUUUGUGCCAAGGCAAUCAGAUCUUUAUGAAAGCAGUAUUUUAUGUGUUUUUUUUUUUUAUUUACAGCCUUUCUUAUUUUGAUAUUUUUUUUAUGCAGUGGAUGAAUGCCAACUUUCAGACAAAACCCACUUAGCUGUCCACAUAUUUCUCAAUGCCAAUCCUCCAAUUCUUCCUCUCCAAAUAUUUUUUGGGAGUAAAAAGCAUUCUCAUCCUACUUAGCCUACCUAGAUUUCUCAUGACGAGUUAAUGCAUGUCCGUGGUUGGGUGCACCUGUAGUUCUGUUUAUUGGUCAGUGGAAAUGAAAAAGUCUGCGUUCAUUGCAGUUCCAGUUUCUCUUCCAUUCUGUGUCACAGACACCAACACACACUCAUUGGAAAACAAAUGAAAAAACAAAAUGUACAAUGGAUGCAUUGAAAUUAUAUGUAAUUGUAUAAAUGGUGCAACAGUAAUAAAAGUUAAAUAAUUUAAAAAAUAUAAAA